GUGUUAUGUUACAGUUAUAUUCUUCUCAUAAUUAUGUAAAUAUAGGCAAUAUCGAGAAAUGUGGCAAGAACAAAACUGUUUCUUGUGGCGUGAACAUAAAAUCAGAAAUGUCAUUGAGACAUGGCUUUCGACGCUCUCAUGAUGUCAAAGAGGUCAUACAUAUCAGAGCAAACAAACAUAGUGGUUAUUUCAACUCUGAUUGCAAACAGUUUGCUAUUGAUCCACAUGUGACAACUUUUGCUGAUAUUCGAGAAAUAUUGGUUAAUGCAUUCAAUCUUACUGAAUUUUUUGAAGUAACUUACCUGUGCAGAGAUGAUAGAGGAGAAAAUAUGUAUCUUUCUCUGCAAACUGAAUGGGAUUUGGAUGCUGCAUUUUUGACAUCAUCGGAACCAUAUUUAAUAUUGAAAAUCGAAAUUGGAUUACCCGAAACUGAAGACUGCCAAGAAGCAGAAGAAGAAAUAGAAACUUAUGUAAAAGAUGCAAAAUCUAAAGAUUUCUUUUCUUCGUUUGGUUCUUCGACAAGAUUUCAAGUUCCGCGGGGAUGGUCUGAAUUUGCUGGGAAUGCAAUUGCUAAAAUAGCAAGUGGAAUUAGCCAAAAUAUCACAUUAGAACAAGAAAAUAAUACUUUUUUUCCAAAAAAGUCUCCUUUGGGUGAUUGCGAGCUUCAUGAAUACCUCGAUGACAGCGGUCGUCUUGUAAAACCUGAAGAUAUGCGAUUGCGAAUCUAUUAUGGAGGUGUAGAACCAUGUUUACGAAAAGUAGUUUGGAGGCUUUUGUUGAACAUUUUUCCAGAUAAAUUAACAGCAGAGGAAAGAGUCAUUUAUAUGAAACAAAAGACAAAGGAGUACCAUUCUUUAUAUACACAAUGGAAAGCAUUAGAAGAUCAUAACAAAUAUAUACAAGAAUUGAAGAAAAUGAUAUGGAAAGAUGUUUUACGAACAGAUCGAACACAUCCUUAUUAUGCAGGUCGUGAUGAUAAUCCUCACUUGUUAUCUUUGCAUAAUUUGUUGCUAACCUAUGCUCUUACUCAUAAAAAUGUUCGUUACUGCCAAGGCAUGAGUGAUAUUGCUUCCCCAAUUCUAAUGGUAAUGAAUAAUGAACCCCAUGCAUAUGUCUGUUUUUGUGGUGCUAUGAACAGACUUGAAACUAACUUCGAUAGUGCUGGGGAAGUGAUGAUGAAAAAAUUUGAGCACUUGUCUCUUUUACUGAGACACCAUGAUGACGAAUAUUUUGAAUUUUUGAAAGAGUUGGGAGCAAGUAACAUGUAUUUCUGCUAUAGAUGGCUGGUACUUGAAAUGAAGCGUGAAUUUAGUUUUGAUGAUGCUCUACUGGUGCUUGAAGUUAUGUGGAGUUCUCUUCCACCACAAUCACCAGACGGUGAUUUAGUAUUGGGUACAUUGAAUAUUGACAAUGAAUAUGACUGUGUGGAAAAAGAGAGUUCUUAUGUGAAAGCAAAAAAGCGACAUUCUAUGCCUAACCUGACGCUUAAUGUGAAAAGUUUACCUACACUGAAUGUUGUAUCGUCUUAUAAUAAUUUAAAACAACUUGGUGACAAUAGGAACGCACAAACAAACUUUUUCCCGUCAAUUUCAAAUCCAUUCGGAAAUGCAUCGAAAUAUGGACAAGGAUCCUUUUCAAGUAGUGGAGAUACAGGGAUUGGAAUCUUUUCCCCAAGAAGUAGGUUUGAAACCGAUUCACUAUCUCUACCACCACCUGAGGAAUUCGGAUGCGGAAAUCCAUUUUUGUUAUUUGUCUGUCUAGCUGUCCUGCUCAGUCAAAAACAAGAACUAAUGGACUCUAAAGUAGAAUAUGCCGAUCUUGUGAUGCAUUUUGAUAAACUUUCUCGUAAACAUUCUCCUGCGAUAAUACUUUCAAGGGCAAUGCAACUUUUUGCAUCAUACCUGAAAUCGCAAGCUAUGUGACUUUUAUUUAUCAUAAUCAUUAAUUAGUUUAUCAAUAAUAUUUAAGAAUCAUGACAAUGAAUUUGUUUGAGCCCUAUGAAUUCAAUUAUGUAAUCCGACAUUUCUUCAUUAUUUUUAUUCAAUUUAUGUUUAUCAUCCCUAAUUCUUCAAUCUUGGUAGCUGGUGUAGGCUUUUAGAAAAGCAUUUAUUAUUAUUCACUGGGCGAAAUAUUUAAUGAAUUUCAAUUUAAUUUUAAAAUAUAUGCCCAUUGUUUAAAACUAUUUCAAUACAUCCACACAAUAAGGUAUUUGAAGAUGAAGUAUUUACCUGAAAAUGUAUAUAUUUUGAAAAUCUCUUGACUCAAACUAUGAGGUUUCUGCUAUAAUAUAUAUACAUGGUAUUCAUAAAGUUCUAAAUUAAAUUACCAGUAGGGAUAUGCUUCAUGCAAAUAACGUUGGGCAUGUAACGGCGUAUUGAAUGAAGUAAAAAACCUAAUAACCACCGGUUAAAAUAAAAUACAUUUAUUUGAUUAUGAUAUAUUAAAAACCGACUUGAUAACAAAAUUGUAACAGAAUUUUGAGUACACCCACCCUGUAUAUUAAAAGUUUAAAUUUGCUUCAAAAGACAUUUUCAAUUUCAAUCCUUGUUACCUUCAUGGAGACAAUCUACUACAACAUUUAUGACAUUUACUAAAUGUAUUGAUCCUUAAAAAUGCAUAGGACAAUUAGGUAAAUGAUAAAUAUACUUUAGUUUAGAUGAAUUAGCUAUAUUCAAUUUAGAUGCUAUAUUUUAGUUAUCCAAAAAUCCUGUGUCUGUAAUAUUGUCUUAUUGCAUCAUAGAUAAGGAUCAAAUAUUUGUUUGUCAUCCUAGCCUAGAAGGUAGUGUGUGUUUCCUGGUGCCAAAUAUGCUCAUGGGAUAGAAUACUGUUUUGAGCUGUACUGUCUAAAUUAUUGUGAAUGUUUAAUUUGUGCAAUAAUACACAAUAUAGUACUUUA